UAUUUUUUUAUUUUAAUAUGAAGCAGCGAAAAAUUCGAUACAUAAUAUUUAAAAUAAUAAAUGACGCGGUAAAUAAGGACGAGGCUUUUAUUUAGGCAAAUAAAAAAGGCUUAUUCUUUCUGAGUUCACCGGUCCGGGUGAGAGCUUGAGCCAGAGUCGAUUCAGUGAAUUAUGACUCAUUAUUCUAUAAUGUGAGUGAAAUGGUGGAGAGAAAAAAAUGCGCUUAUUGAUUGAUUUGGUUCCGAAUUGUUGCUGAUAUUAAUAUAAACACGGAGUGAGAUGGAGGAACGUGGAAACGCGGAGGAAGAUUUGGCCAAACAGCAUCGCCGGGAGAAGAAAGACCUGCAGGCUAAAAUCCAGAGCAUGAAAAAUGCUGUUCCUAAAAACGAUAAGAAGAAGAGGAAGCAGCUGAGCGAGGACAUCAGCAGGCUGGAAGCCGAGUUAAACGAGAAGCAUGAGAACGAGCUGAGACAGCUACAGACGUCUCCUGCUGGAGUGGAGGUUGAUGAAGUUACAGACGCGGUUCAGAGUCUAGACGUCCAAGAGCAAGCAGAAGGCAAACACACCCGGAUAUCCAAAGCUCAGAAGAGACGGGACAAAAAAGCCGCUCAGGAGAAGGAGCGAGAGAACCGCAUCGCUGAGGCCGAGGUGGAGAACCUGUCUGGAUCCAGGCAUCAGGAAGGACUGAAGCUAAGCCAGAAACUGGCCGAGAAGCAGCUGCAGAUAAAGGAGAUCUCAUCCGAUGGCCACUGCAUGUAUCGUGCGGUGGAGGAUCAGCUAGCAGGCCGCGGAUCUUCUCUCGGGAUCCACGAGCUCCGGCUUCAGACAUCUUGCUACAUGAGGAGCCACCAGGACGAUUUGCCCUUCCUUACCAACUCCAGCACGGGGGAGAUGUUCACUGCAGAUGAAUUUGAGAAGUACUGCAGUGACGUUGCUGAGACAGCAGCUUGGGGUGGACAGUUGGAGUUACGAGCCCUGACGCACGUCCUCCAGAUACCCAUCGAGGUCAUUCAAGCCGAUUCUCCUGCCAUCGUUACUGGUGACGAGUACAACAAGCCGCCCAUCUCUCUUGUAUACAUGAGACAUGCGUACGGACUGGGCGAGCACUACAACUCCGUGGAACCUCGAAAGGACGCCGCUGCCGAAGAGCAAACCUGAACCCAUCCUGUCCCGGUCCUUCAAACGUAGAGGAGGUAGAGCCUUGACCGUGGUACGGAGAGAUGAUGGAGAGAUGAUGGAGAGAUGAUGGAGAGAUGAUGGAGAGAUGAUGGAGAGAUGAUGGAGAGAUGAUGGAGAGAUGAUGGAGAGAUGGCUUCCAGAAGCACCGAGUGAUGACUGGUUUAGAAGCUAACAAUCUCAUCACUCCAUGUACUCCAUGUUCCCAGGAAAACAUCAUCUUUAAUAAAUGUGUGGUGUUUAGAUGCCUUUUAAAUCAAAUAAACACAAAUUUCUUCC